AACCUUGUUUCAGGCGGUUACAUGACCUUCGACCAGCAAUUGAGCUCGGUAACCCUGAACAUUAUCACCAACAACGCCUGCGCUGCUACCUUCGGUAAUUUCGUGCAUCCCUCAAACAUCUGCACCAGCGGUGCUGGCGGAAAGGGAACCUGCACGGGAGACUCCGGUGGCCCUCUUGCUGUCCAGAUCAACGGCCAGACCAUCUUGGUUGGUGUCAGUUCCUACGGAGCUCGGGCUGGGUGCGCCGUUGGUCGACCUGCUGCCUUCACCAGAGUCACCUCCUUCGUCAACUGGAUUAACUCUGUUUAAUUUCACAAUAUUUAA